UCGGCCUGAAUUGUUCGGGACGCGGACGCUGGGCGGGGAGCGGGGUCGCCUAGAGACCCUGGAGGGGUCCACUCCUGGGCCCCCCCGGGGGUCACCCCUUUUUGAGAGCCCCGUCAAAGUAGCUGUUAAUCCAGAACUCUUCCUUGCUCUAGCCCCGGGGGGGGGGCCGGGGACCCCCAGAAUUCACCCCAUCCAUCGAGGACCCCCUCUGGUGGCCGCUCUUAAUGAAUACAAUGGAAGGCUUGUUGUGUCGCCUCUCCGAGGGGAGACGUCAUUCGUCUGUCUGUCUUUGACAACGCGUACCGCCGUGCCUCCUACCUGGCAACGCCGGUGAACUGGGAGCCGGGCGGACCUGAGUUUGAAUCCUCCCGCUGACAUAGCCCAGAUUCGUCAAGUUUUAACGCUGGAAAGGACGUUUAACAUUGCGUUUUAUCUUUUUAUCAUUGAUCAGACUUCUUAGGUGACAUCCUUAAAGCUGGCUGCCUCACAUAUGAGAAAACUGCGCAUCAGUCUAGUGGCCAGCAGCCAUCUAGUCCUACUUAUAUUAGAAUGUCUGCUAUAACACGCUUGGCCAGUGAUCACAUCAGCUUUCCAGAUAUGGAUCAAAAGCUUAUUCAAUUAGUGGAGGACCUCACCACUUCAGGAGAACCACAGCUGGAUCCUGAAAAAAUGAAAGAAGUGAAGAAAAUCUGCAAAUCUUCAGAGGAACAUAUCAGUCAUGCUUACCAUUUACUCAUGACUCAGUUGAAUCAAGAACAUGCUGAGAUACGUUUCUCAGCUUUUCAGAUUGUGGAUGAGCUCUUUACCAGGUCACAUCAAUUUCGGACACUAAUUAUUUCCAACUUCCAAGAAUUCCUCGAACUCACAGUGGAAACAGACUAUGAGCAGCCUCUCCCUCCCCCAAAAGAAGUAGCCCAGAAAUUGAAGAAAGCUGCCCUCAAAUCUAUUACAGAAUGGAAUGAGAAAUAUGGAGACGCCUACAAGAAGCUUUCUCUUGGAUAUCAUUUCCUAAAAUAUAACAAAAAGGUGGAUUUUCAAGAUGUUAGUGCCAGGACUUUGGCUGAAAGAAAAAGGGACGAGGAGAAGCAAAAACGGUUAGACAGCAUCUAUAAAGAAAGGGCCAAAAGAAUGGAAAAAGAAAUGCAAGAAAUGUCUGAAGAAAUUGAAAUGUGCCUGACAGAGAUGGAGAAUUGCUUCAGACUGUUAAUGCCCUUUGAUUUCACCAUGAGAGAUAUGGAGGUAGGAGCAGUACCAGCCGAGGCUUCUAGGGCAGACAGAGAUGCCUCAUCAAUGGCUUUGAAUGGGGCAGCCACACAUGGCCCAGUGACUGGCUUGAGGCCUGAUGACCAGGAGCAGCCUUGUUGCAGCAAAGACUUACUUCCCCCAUCUCUCUGCCUGAAAGAGGCCGGAAGCAGAGAUUGGCCAAUGAGGUCAAGGCCUCCAGAGCCAAAGGAGAUGGAGCACAGGGAAUGUGUGGAAGAUGAUUCUGAUUCUGAUGAUGAUGAUGAUGACGACUACAAUGACGAUGACGACGAUGACGACGAUGACGAUGAUGACGAUGAUGAUGACGAUGGCGAUGGUUAUGGAGAAGACUUUAUAAGAAGCCAUGGUCUUGGCUCACAUAAGUACUCCCUGAACUUGGAAAUCCCCACAGAUUUGCAAGUCCACGAGAAUGAAGAUAACAGGGCUGUGGUCAACAGUGUCAUGGAUGGACUUAAACUCAUCAACAAUAAGUUCCUACCCUCUGUUCAGUCAUGGAUUCAGCUGUUUACUCGAGCAGGGAUUCAUGACGAACGUCUGAAACGUGCCAUUGAUCUUAAGAAGAAAUUAGAGAUUGCUGUUGGAAAAUAUAAGGAAAUGAACAUUGAAUCUGAAGGAAGAAAAAGGAAAAUGAGGCGAGCCUUAGAUGCUGACUCCGAUGAAGAUGAAGAGGAAGCGGAUUUUGUGGAGGUGCCCGAGAAGGAAGGUUAUGAGCCCCACAUUCCAGACCACCUGCGGAAGGAGUAUGGGUUGGAGCCCCUGUCACAUCCAUCAACUCCGAGUAAGGGAGGAGGAAUGAAGUCAGGAGGUCUCAGCUCAGCUGCUCAGCUAAGAACCAAUGAAGACGAAUUGGACCCAACCUGUGCUGCAGCUACCCUGAGAGUGCUCCGAGACAGGCUCCCCAUGUUCUCUCCCCUGACCAGCAGUGUAUCAGGAAGUUCCCCAGCAGCUUCUAUGGAAGAGGCUGAUGAUAGCCAGAAAAGGAAGAUAACAGAAGAGCGAGCAAGAGCACCUGUGAUGCCCUUUGGGAUGGACCUUUACUACUGGGGAGAGGAGCAGCCCACAGCUGGGAAGAUCCUUAAAUUUGGUUCUGAGCAUCGAUUCUGGAAGCCAAAUGAGACAGAAGAGGAAGUAGAAAGUACAGAAAUUGCUGAGAUGUUGAAGAGCCGCUAUAUCACCUUUGCUGGCAAGUUUGAGCCUGUGAAGCACAAGUGUGGGGCCCUGAUGCCCAACGGGAGCCUCUGUGAGAGGCAGGAUCGGCUGAAGUGCCCAUUCCAUGGGAAAAUCAUUCCCCGGGAUGAACAUGGAAAUCCUAUCAACCCAGAAGACAGAGCCAGAGAGGAAAAGAAGAAAUUUGAGAAGCAAGCACAGCAUCCAGGCAGCUAACUGAUAGUUCCACUGAGGUUUGAUUAUGGUUGAAAAGGAGGGGGCAGUGAGAGGUGAUACCAUACUACUGGAUCUUCACUCAGUUGCUCCAAGUCCAGCUCUGCCAGGCUUUAGCAGAUGGUUUUCCUAAGUUGCUGUGGACAAAGAAUAUCAUCACUUAGUGACCAGUUCUCUAAGUAUGAACUUCUUCCUGUGUAACUGUGCUCCUCCUGGAUGAUGGAUGCAUGUUCCAUUAUCAGCUCAUACUCAAAGUCUUUCCAGCUUGGUAGCACUUGACAUUGUUUUUUCCUGGCUCAGCGUUUGAGAGCCCAAAGGCAUUACCAUGCCAUAAGGAGCCACUGGAGGAAGAUUUCAAUAAAUGUUUGUUUGAGCUGGGAUAGUGUCAAAGGAUAGAACUAGGAGCAGAGGGCAGAAAUUAUAGGAAGCCCAGUACUAUGGUUGUCCCAAAGGAAAGUGUAUGUCCCUGGAAAACAAUGGGUGCCCCUUCUUUGGCGGGGUUUUCAGAUAGAGAUUGGAUCACAUUUGUCAGUCAUCUGAUAGAAGAAAUUGUUGUUCAGGGACAGGUUGUACUUGAUGCCUCAAAGAAUCUUUUUAUCUCUGAAAUUCUCUGGUUCUCUAUUAUUCAUCAGGUAUGGAUGGACAUAGCCUCUGUGAUUGUGCCCCUUUUCUGCACUGGAAAAAUGAGUCCUGAGUACCAAACCAUUAACUUAGAAAUAAAAUUUUAGAACUCGGGCACACCAACUGUUUUUGAGACAGACUGGUAUAUUCUUUGUAUGGUACUUCCAUGUAAUAAAGAAACAUAUUAUGGAAAUUCUCCUACUUCCUUGAUUGGUUUAAUUAUUAAACAAAUGAAUAUCCUACUUGGGCUCUAUUUUCAUGGUACAGUUGAACGUGAAACAUGAUCAUAUCCUUGACUUCCUGGAAACAGUCUCAUUUUUCCUUGAAGACUGAGUCACUUUCAUUUGCCUGUGCUUAUCCCAUAUUCUAUACAUCUCAUUCUCUCUCUUUUUUCUUUCUCUCCCUCCCUUCUUCCCUUUCUUUCUCCCUUUCUUCUCCAGAACCCCUCCUCUGACACCCAAUUGUGUUGUGGACAUUCGAAAAGGCUAUUUCAGUACAGUCAACUUCUAAUACCUCCUGUCAAGCAAGACAGGCUUUGAGCACAGGCCCGGUGAUGGACUGUUGUUUAAGGACUAGCUGAGCUAAGUGUAGUGAGUCUUACUUGUCACCAGAUGGUUGGUCACAGAGUGACGCAUUUCUCAGUCACUUCAUGAAAUCAUGAAGAAGUUACGAUCUGCAUUAGUGGAGAGAAACCCAGCAGUGGGAAUUCACAAAUCCUUAAAGGAUUAAAGUUUUUGUUUUUUUGUUUUUGUUUUUGUUUUUUGAUGAAGCAGUUGAAGCAAGAGAAGUUAAUUGACUUAGCCAUAGUACUUACUUAGAAACUAACCUCAUUUCUUCCCAGUAAGACACAUUAUCUCUUAGCCCUCCUGUGUCAAAUAGAGUUCCACCCAUUCUGAAGUGAUUUUUAAACCAGUGAUUGGGUCAGCCAUUAACCAUCCUGGAGACAGGUUUUCAGAGGAUGAACAAUAACAAUAAUGAGCCAUUGUGAAAUGUUGACUAAUUCCCAGCAAAUGAAGUUCUAAAUCCUUCGUCUGGCUCAGAGGAGAGAUAGCCCCAUGGCUGCCUGCUGAGACCAUUCAAGUAAGAACGUGCAGUUAGAGGAGAGACUUCUUGCAUUUGACUUCAUAGCAAGUGUUUGGAAGUAAUAAAAUUCUAGUUUUCAGGAACCUAAUGAAUAUAGUUCAACUUUGCAUCACAAAGCUGAUAGUAGAAGGAUCCUUAAGAUAAAGAACAGAACAUGAGAGAAGGGCUCCAGGGAUCACUUUAGUUAGACCCCAAACAUGGGAGUCACUUUAUAGAUGAGGAAAAUCAGCUUCCCUGAAUCAGCAAAGGCAAGAAUGUUUUCUAGCCAAUCAAUAAUGAACUUAAAUCACAUUAAAUUGGUGAGUAUUACCUCAGUUCCUUUUGAAAAUAUAACUUAAUAUUUAUCACAAUAUUUGUUUUGUUAUUAUUUUUUUCUUCCUUUCAGGGGUGAAGGAAGUAGAAGGGAGAGAAACUAGAUUUUUGUUAAUUGAAAAAAUUAAAUUUUUAAGAGAAGGAAAAUGUAGCUGAGUUGAUUUGCUACUGGUUAUAAUAAAAUCCGUGGCAGAAUAAGAUGCCAGACACCAAGAUCUUUUCUCGAACUAAACUGCCAAAUAUUCCAACUUUACUGCAGAGAGCACAACUCUGUUGAGUUGUUAAAAUGUCAAAUGUAUAUUUGCCAAAAAAUUUAUUUUAUGGAGAACUCACUAGAUGGUAAGAAAAAGCAAUACAAGGACACUCUCAAGGUAUCUCCUGAGAACUUAAUUCUAUGACACAGGAGACAGUGACACAGAACUGCCCAGCAUCGUGAGCCCUUAUCAGAGAAGGGGCUGUGCUCUAUGAGCAAAGCAGAAUUGAAUUAACCCAAAGGAAAUGCAAUAUGCACAAAAUUAUAGUCCAUUCCAAAUGUUUAUAGGAAUUAUUUGUCUGACCUAUGGCAGAGCAUUCCCAACUUAUAUUGGUCUAUUAGCCACGGUGGGACACACUGUAAUUCUGUUCUGAUAUAGUGAUUUCAUGUUGAUCCUCUUUGAAAAUGAAGGACAAUGACCAACCAAUAAAAGUCAUUAAAUACUUGGAAACCAGAACCUUGGGCUCCUACCCUAUUUGGGAUGCACAGACGGACGGCAGUGUAUGAGUUACCUUAUCCUGUGACAUGAUCCUGCUGUUGGGUACCUUUGGACAUCUGUGGGAUAUCAUCCCUUCGCCCAUCAGCAUCACAGACCACUAAAGGGAGAUAAUGUGUUUUUGUGGAGUUGUGUCAGUUGUGUCCCACUCUCUGGGACUCCACAUAGGGUUUUCUCAGCAGAGAUACUGGUGUGGUUGGUCAUGCUCUUCUCCAGCUCACUUUAGAGGAGGAAACUGAGGCAAAGAGGAUGAAGAGACUUUCUCAGGGUCACACAGCUAGAAAGUACCUGAGGCCAGACUUGAAUUCAGAAGAGGAGUUACUGAAUGCCUGCACUGUCAAGUGCAAAAGCAUGAGACUGAGAGUCAGAGGGCCUGGGUUUGUUUCCUAGUUUAGCUUAUUACAGUUGGUGGGAUCUUGGAUAAGUCCUUUCCUUUAUGGGACCUCAAUUUCCUGAUCUGGAGAACGAAGGGUUUGCAUUAGACAAAUUCCAAGGAUGCUUUCAUCACUAAAUCCGAAAAGUCUGUUUAUGAAAGACUCAGCCUCAUGCUCUAGGUCAUGGGUUAAUGGGGUUCAGAGAUAAAAGGGACCUUUGAGAUCAUCUUGAUAAGGGGACUGAGUGGUCCCUGGACCUGCCUGAGAUCACACAGGCAGCUAAGUAACAGAACUAGAAUUUGAACCCCAGGCCUAGCACUCCAAAUCUGCUCUUUUCCUAUUAUCAUCUUGUUAACUUAACAUGGAUGUUAAGCCACUGUUCAUGCUUUUUGUACUUCAGUUUCCUCAUCUGUAAAAUGGGGAUACAACACUGUAAGGAUAUCAUGAGGGUAAAAUGAGAUAAUAUCUAUAUAAAGAGCUUAGAAUGGUACCUGGUAUCUAGUAGGUACUACAGAAAUGCUUGUUCCCAUCCUUUGCCUUCUUUACUUCAGUGUUAAUACUUCAUAAUAGAUUAUUUUCCCUAUUUGUGUAAACUGUUAGGUAAUAAGAGGUUAAUCUUUAUUUUAUUGGAAGAAUCUUUACAAAGGAAAAAUUACAUGUUUGGAGCAUGAUCUCAGCACUGCUUCCUUUGCUCUGGGCUCCCUUGAAAGAGAAAUUACAUUUUCAGCCUCAGGUGAUAUAAUGGAGGGAAAAAGCAAUAAUGAAUAUACAGGGAGAAUAAUAGAGUUCAUGGGAGUACCUGGCCCAGUUUUUUUUUGAGCAACAGUGCCACUCUCUGCUCUUUAUUUCUCAUAAUUAGUGACUGCUCUGUGUGUAUGGGAAUUCUUGGUCUAAAAUAUGAGAUUUUAACUAAGUGCCCAGAAAACAGUCUGUGAAACCCCAUUCCUGAAACAAUGCCUUGUGAGGGAUUACGCUGACCCUGCUAAUCUGCUGUGUUCAUCCUUCCCCAAUAGUACGCACGGGGCAGCAAAUUAAGUGCCUAUUUUUUGUGUCAACCCUGAAGAGUAUCUGGUUUUUCAGCCCUUAGUGACUUGUUAACAAACAGGUAUCAGGACAAGCGAGGAAGGCAGGCCUCUGGCCAGUCAGAUGUGAAAUAGCAUCUCUUUACUAACUACAGUAUUGAUUCCCGCCUACCCUUGCAAACUGUGUAAUUUUCUUUUCCCGGCUGCUAAACUCAGUAACAAUGUAUGAAGAGCUUUAGGGGCCCAUCAAUGCUCAAAAAGGCUGCUCUUCCCUGCCAGUCUAUUGAUUUUUUUCAAAGGCUUUUAAAUUGCUCCUUCAUUUUACUCCAAUGCUCAUUUCGUCUCUACUGGAUGCGGGCAUUUUUUCGUUGUGUUUAAACAAUUGCUCCAUUCACUGGGUUCUUAAACUGUGACGCCUUCUUAUUACUGGGAGAUAAACUGUUUAGACAGUUUUCCUUAAUCUUGGAUUAAUCGUUCCUGUAUCUGAAUUGUGCUCCCCGGUAUUCCUUCACUUCAGAAAAAUAAACUUGGCGAAGUCUUCUUAUCUGUCAAAUGUAUGUGUUGUAUUCUCCAGGGUGUUUCUUUUCCUUAACUUUUGCUUCACAGCUUCAUUUUCUUUCUCCUUCUAUCUCUGUGUUUAAAUCAGACUCUUAAUUUUACACGUUUAGCCACGUGCGCUUAUGGUUUUAAUGCUGAUCCAACGAUGGUGCUUGGAGAAAGGCCAGGGCUGUUCUCAGCAUGCAUUCAUUUUACUUCCAUUCAAUUUAACAAACAUUUAUUAAACACCUACCCCACACUCAGCAGGCUUGGAAGUUAUUGAAAGCUAAUGUUUUACAUCAGGAGCUAAUAAGUUGAUAAUAUUUAUCUUCUGGUCCAUUUCAAACUGUGCCCAGACUUAUGAGGGUUUUCUUGGAGUUGUUUAGCAUUGGGCAGGAUGGAUGUGGCGUGAUUUGAGAUUUGUUUUGCUCUUAUAGAUUGUAUGGGACAACAGGGAGAGAUUUCUUCUCCUGCUUCUGUAGUCGUAAUCUCUUAUUCUUUCCUCUGUGGCAUCUGGAUCUCAGGGGGCCAUAUGUUUGUAGCUUAGAACAAAUGUAUAUUUAAAUUGAUUGGGUAGGUAGGUAGGAUGUUGUUUAAGGGAAUGAAAACCCUGCUUUUCAAAUAUAUAUUGAUUGUAUCCACCAUGCAUCCUCCUUCUCUGCAGAGCGUUGGCUGGUAGGAGUUAGCUCUCUUUAAGUUAAAGGAGGAGGGGGAAAAGAUUAUCUUUACUGUGAGUGUAAGUCCUGAGACCUUUCUCCAGCCAACCCUCUUUUGUCCUGGUUCUGCUUACCCUGGUGAUAGGCACUGGGAUAACUCACCAUCCUGAAGCACCGUGAAUACAAGGGACUAUGUCAUUUGA